UGGGGCACGCGCCAGUCAUUGUAGUGGUCGCAUUUGUAAAUAAUUAUUUGGAUUUUGGAGGGAUUGAAAUUAAAUAUGGCUGCACUCAUAGUGAAGCUAUUGUAAAUGUCAGUGCGUGGUUUGUGUGAAUUGUGCAUGAAAAAACAAUAAUAACAAAUACAAAUGUUUGUUUAAUAAUAUAUAAAAUACUUGAUGAUAUUGUUUAUGAAAAAAUAAAUACAACAUUAUAAAUUAAUUGAGUAUAAACAUAUAAUAAAAAAUAAUUAUUGGAGUAAAGAACAAAUUUGAUUGAAUAAAAAAAAAAAAAAGAAAAAUGUCGAAGCCAGAAGAAGAAGCUACAACAGAAGCCGGUGGCGACAAUACAAAUGAUAACUCAAAUGAAUCAUCAGAAGAAUCAUCACGAGGUGGUGAUUUUGAGACAAAAAUUGAAACAGAUCGUAGUAAACGUUUCGAUUAUUUGUUAAAACAAACUGAGAUAUUUUCUCAUUUUAUGACAAAUAAUCAAAAAGAUAAAGCAUCAAGUCCACUUAAAGUACGUCCAGGACGUCCACGUAAACAACCAGGUGAUACUGGUGGUGCUGGUAAUGAUGUUGGUAUGACAAAAGCUGAAAAAGAUGCACAAGAUCAUCGUCAUCGUAAAACAGAACAAGAAGAAGAUGAAGAAUUAUUAGCUGAAAGUAAUACAAAUGUUGCUGUUACAACACGUUUUGAUGUAUCACCACAUUAUAUUAAAUCAGGUGAAUUACGUGAUUAUCAAGUACGUGGUUUAAAUUGGAUGAUAUCAUUAUAUGAAAAUGGUAUUAAUGGUAUACUUGCUGAUGAAAUGGGUCUUGGUAAAACAUUACAAACAAUAUCAUUACUUGGUUAUAUGAAACAUUAUCGUAAUAUACCUGGUCCACAUAUUGUUAUUGUACCAAAAUCAACACUUGCUAAUUGGAUGAAUGAAUUUGAAAAAUGGUGUCCAUCAAUACGUGCUGUAUGUUUAAUUGGUGAUGCUGAAUCACGUAGUACAUUUAUACGUGAUGUUAUGAUGCCUGGUGAAUGGGAUGUAUGUGUAACAUCAUAUGAAAUGGUUAUUAAAGAAAAAUCUGUAUUUAAAAAAUUUAAUUGGCGUUAUAUGGUUAUUGAUGAAGCACAUCGUAUUAAAAAUGAAAAAUCAAAAUUAUCAGAAAUAUUACGUGAAUUUAAAACAGCAAAUCGUUUAUUAUUAACUGGUACACCAUUACAAAAUAAUCUUCAUGAAUUAUGGUCAUUAUUAAAUUUUUUAUUACCAGAUGUAUUUAAUAGUUCAGAUGAUUUUGAUUCAUGGUUUAAUACAAAUAGUUUUCUUGGUGAUAAUUCAUUGGUUGAACGUUUACAUGCUGUACUACGUCCAUUUUUACUACGUAGAUUAAAAGCUGAAGUUGAAAAAGCACUUAAACCUAAAAAAGAAAUUAAAGUAUAUAUUGGAUUAAGUAAAAUGCAACGUGAAUGGUAUACAAAAGUGUUGAUGAAAGAUAUUGAUAUUGUAAAUGGUGCUGGUAAAAUUGAAAAAAUGAGAUUACAAAAUAUAUUAAUGCAGCUACGUAAAUGUUGUAAUCAUCCAUAUUUAUUUGAUGGUGCUGAACCAGGACCACCAUAUACAACUGAUGAACAUCUUGUUUAUAAUUGUGGUAAAAUGGUUAUUUUAGAUAAGUUAUUACCAAAAUUACAACAACAAGAAUCACGUGUAUUGGUAUUUAGUCAAAUGACUAGAAUGUUAGAUAUACUUGAGGAUUAUUGUCAUUGGAGAAAUUUUCAAUAUUGUAGAUUAGAUGGUAAUACUGCACAUGAAGAUCGUCAACGUCAAAUUAAUGAAUAUAAUGCACCAAAUUCAGAAAAAUUUUUAUUUAUGUUAUCAACAAGAGCUGGUGGUCUUGGUAUUAAUUUAGCAACAGCUGAUGUUGUUAUUAUAUUUGAUUCUGAUUGGAAUCCACAAAUGGAUUUACAAGCUAUGGAUAGAGCACAUAGAAUUGGACAAAAAAAACAAGUUAGAGUAUUUCGUUUUAUUACAGAAAAUACUGUUGAAGAAAAAAUUGUUGAAAGAGCUGAAGUUAAAUUACGUCUUGAUAAAUUAGUUAUACAACAAGGUAGACUUGUUGAUGCUAAACAACAAGCACUUAAUAAAGAUGAAAUGUUAAAUAUGAUAAGACAUGGUGCUAAUGAAGUAUUUGCAUCAAAAGAUUCAGCAAUAACUGAUGAAGAUAUUGAUACAAUAUUACAAAAAGGAGAAAAUAAAACUGAAGAAAUGAAACAAAAACUUGAAACAUUAGGUGAAAGUUCAUUGAGAAAUUUUACUGUUGAUGCACCAAAUGAUUCUGUAUAUCAAUUUGAAGGUGAAGAUUAUCGUGAAAAACAAAAAAUACUUGGUAUUGGUAAUUGGAUUGAACCACCUAAAAGAGAAAGAAAAGCAAAUUAUGCUGUUGAUGCAUAUUUUCGUGAAGCAUUAAGAGUUACAGAACCAAAAGCACCAAAAGCACCACGUCCACCAAAACAACCAAUUGUACAAGAUUUUCAAUUUUUUCCACCAAGAUUAUUUGAACUUCUUGAUCAAGAAAUUUAUUAUUUCAGACAAACUGUUGGUUAUAAAGUACCAAAAAAUCCAGAAUUAGGAUCAGAUGCAACAAGAGUACAAAAAGAAGAACAACGUAAAAUUGAUGAUGCACAACCAUUAUCUGAUGAUGAAAUAAUUGAAAAAGAAAAAUUAUUAACUCAAGGCUUUACAAAUUGGACAAAACGUGAUUUUAAUCAAUUUAUAAAAGCAAAUGAAAAAUAUGGACGUGAUGAUAUUGAAAAUAUUGCAAAGGAAGUUGAAGGUAAAUCACCAGAUGAAGUUAUGGAAUAUUCAGCAGUAUUUUGGGAAAGAUGUCAUGAAUUACAAGAUAUUGAUCGUGUUAUGGCACAAAUUGAACGUGGUGAAGCUAAAAUACAAAGACGUGCUGGUAUUAAAAAAGCACUUGAUGCUAAAAUGGCUAGAUAUCGUGCACCAUUUCAUCAAUUACGUAUUGCAUAUGGUACAAAUAAAGGUAAAAAUUAUACUGAAGAAGAAGAUCGUUUUCUUGUUUGUAUGUUACAUAAAUUGGGUUUUGAUAAAGAAAAUGUUUAUGAAGAAUUACGUGCAACUGUUAGAUCAGCACCACAAUUUAGAUUUGAUUGGUUUGUUAAAAGUCGUACUGCAUUGGAAUUACAACGACGAUGUAAUACAUUGAUAACACUUAUUGAAAGAGAAAAUCAAGAACUUGAAGAAAGAGAAAGACAAGAAAGAAGAAAAAAAGGUGGUAAUGUUGCAACUAAACCAACUGGUAAAAGGAAGUCGGAAAAUCUUCCAGCACCACAAGAUAAACCCAAAAAAAGGAAGAAAUAAAAUAACCAUUCAAUCAUCAUCCAUAUCUUUAUCAUCAUUUCUUUUUUUUUUUUUUUGUAAAAUCAAUAAACCCACAAAAGAACUGACAUUGUUUUUUUUUUUUGUUUUUUCCUUUUUUUAAAAAAUUAAAUUUAUAUAUUUUCUCUUUUUUUUUACCCAAAUAAAAAUUUUGAAAUUUAAUAAAUCAAUAAAUAGACAAUGUUCAAUGAAAUUUUCAAUAAAAGCUUUGUUUUUUUUUUUUUAUCGAAAUAUAUCAAUGGUACUAUGGAUUUAUAGAAAAAAAAAAAAAAAAAAAAUUACACAACUCUGAAAACCCUUUUUUUUUUUUUUCUUUUAAAAAUUAACUAAAUUAAAAUUUGUGUGUGCUUAGGUAUUAUUUAACUGAGAUAAAUGACAUUUUUGAAAUUUCGAUAAUGUAAGAUUAUUAUUUUUUCAUUAAAAUUUUAUGCUAAUGAAAGAUAAUAAAUUAAGAUGUAAUAAUUAAAUAAUAAUAAAAAAAAUUACGACAUUUAU